GAGCUCGUUCACAACACGAGCCAAAACCAUGGCUCUUCCCCUAAUCCUCGUCGUCGUCCUCCUCAACCCCCUCGGCCCAAUCCUAUCCACCGCUUUAGCCACCCACAACCAGAUCUCGCCGGCGACCACCACCGCGAGCCGCCACCACCACCACCGUUCCCCGACGAACACGGCCACCGCCCACUUUCAUCCCGUCCCUAGCGCCACCCCCUCCAUGCACCAAAACUACCUCGAGACUGAGGAGAGCAAGUCUCUGCUCGCCGUCGACCCCUUCACCGCCGAGGCGCAGGCUUCUUCCGGCGAAGAAGCCAUGGCGGCGUUGGGGGCGGCCGCGACCGGGGAUGCCCGUCCUGGGCUGCUCGUGCCACCCCAAGCAUCCCCACCGCCUCCUACGCUCGUCGCUGCACCGGAUUUGAUCUCUCAGGCACAGCGGCAGCCGCAAGAGGAGUCGGAGACGAAUGCCGCUUCCACGACGACGACGCUUCUCCCACUCCCCAACCAGCAGACGUCGGUAGCGACAAAGAGCCCUCCGCCUCCCAUCCAAGGUAGCGUCGCUCGGGAGGUGAGCUCCGCUGGCGAGCAAGGGCUUCAGCAGCUCUCGCGGGUGCUCACUUCCCUGGGCUACAACGAGAUGGCAUCGGCCGCGCCGCUCCUCACCAACUCACCCCCGCUCGCGAGGUGGCCCGGGGCGAUCACCGUCUUUGCGGCUCCCGACGUCUUCCUCCAGGCCUCCUGCCCCACGUGCUCGCGGCGUCACCUCCUCCUGCAGCACAUCGCCAUGGGCUACUACCCCUACUCCGAGCUCGCCGCCGCCCCCACCAUGAAGAUACCUUCGGCCUCCGUCGGCUUCUGCCUCAAGAUCGUCUCCGAGCGCGGACCGUUCGGCAUCCACUACGCCAGGAUCUACGCCGACGGCGUGGAGGUAUCCCACCCUGAGCUGUACAACGACGGUCGCUACGUCGUCCACGGCCUCCACGGCUUCCUGCGCCCGCUCACGCACUCCUGCUUCGACGGUUCGCACCACCUCACCGCCCGCUCGGCCGCCACCUCGACCGCGACCGCUGCAUCCGUGGUGCGCAUCAUGAUUCGCGAGGCCAUCGCGCGCCUCCGAGACGGGGGCUACGGCUUCAUGGCGCUGGCCAUGCGCGUCAAGUUCGCCGAGCUGGAGAGGUUCGCCAACCUGACGGUUUUCGCGCUCGACGACCAAGCCAUCUUCGUCGGCGGAGGCCACGACUACGUCUCAGCGGUGCGCUUCCACAUCGUCCCCGAGCACCGCCUCACCCGCGCCGACCUCCUACGCCUCCGCCCGGGCACAAUCCUCCCCACGCUGGCCGGCGAGGGGCAGAACCUCGUCGUCACUCACGUCGCAGGUUCUGCUUCCGACGACGUCCGCAUCAACUACAUACCCAUCAAGGAGUCCGACGUGGUGAUCAACUCGCGCAUCGCCGUCCACGGCGUCUACGUGCCGUUCCCCCGCCUCCACCUCGCCAACCUUGCCGCCUCGGUGGCCGUCGCCUCCGCCAUCCAGAUGAACGGAACCUGCGGCGUUGGUGGACCCUUCAGCGACUGCGCCUCGUCAGCGAUGACCUCUCCCAAGAUCCCAGCUGCUCACGGCUACGGCGAAGGCCAGUGAUGCGUGAGUUCGUUUCGUUUUGUUCUUGGCUGUUCGAUUUUAGGAAGGAUUUACUAGUAGUUCGUAGUGGUUCGGAUGAGAGAUUGGCAGUAGUGGGCAGUCGUAUCGUUGUCGUGAUGAGUGAUACUUUCGAUGGCAUUCAUGGCUGAUGGAGUACUGCUUAAUGAUUGAAAUCUCGGUAGAAAUUUUGGUGGAUUGUGGUGUUCUCUCUGGAGGCCUCGUUCUCUCUGCAUACGCUGUUUGCUGAUUUAUGUUUCGUCGUGUGCCCUGAUAUAUAGUUUUGUCCCUGCAUGAAUGAUAAGAUGGCUCAAUUCCUGCAU